CUACGCAAGACAUCCUGGGGCGCUUCUGACUGGGUGGCGAUGAUCAGAUCGGCCACUAACAUGCAGCGUGGCUUGCCAGCCAAACCCCUUCCUACAGCGCUCCAGCUGCAUCAGUGCCAGCGAAAAAAGCCACCCUGCCGUUUGCGCACUCCCGCAUCUUGAUUCGUCCAUGCUGCAAUCCCCUUUUCGCGAAUCUCCUCCCCUUUGCCCAACGCCAUUUCCGCUUCCUGCAUUAUCUCGAAUUUCAAUCCAUCCAUCCUCCAACAGCCCUUCGUUCGCUCUGUUCCCUUUUGCUUCCCUUGUUUCCAUUCCCGCUGCUCGGUUCUCGAUGCGCGUCGGCGUCACUCCUUAGACACUUGUCUCCUGCCUCGGCGUCGCCGCAGCAGCACCUUCUUGCCGGCCUGAUGCGAAGAACAUCCGUGUCGCUACCCACGAAACAAGUCGCACACGAUCCCCACGAGAAACCAGAUCGCUACGAAACCAAGAACCCCAGGCAGGGCAUCUUACUGCCACAUCUUGCCAGGAUGGAGGAAACUUUUAUGUCGCAGUCGCAGAAGACGCGGUACAUUAAGACCGGCGUCCUCGCAUUCACAGUCCUCCUACUCUUCUGGUGGCUGUCGCCUCGCGGCGUCGAGGUGUACAGUGGAGGAGCCUCGCGUCCCAAGGGCGGCAACGGCCAGUCCCCGUCCGAUUCGACGUACGGUACCAGCCGCUGCACCAAGUCCUUCUCCAAGGACAAGCCCAUCGUUCAAUAUGUCCUCAUGGUCGAUGCUGGCAGCACGGGAUCCCGAAUCCACGUCUACAAGUUCAACAACUGCGGUCCGAUCCCCGAGCUGGAGAAGGAGGAAUUCAAGAUGACUGAGAAGUCCGUCGGUGGCCUGAGCAAGUACAAGGACGACCCCAUCGCCGCCGCCAAGACUCUCGAUCCCCUCAUGCAGGUCGCCAUGGAGCACGUCCCCGACAAGUUGAAGCGCUGCAGCCCUGUUGCCGUCAAGGCUACGGCUGGUCUGCGCUUGAUUGGCCCCGAGAAGUCGGAGGCCAUCCUCAACGAAGUCCGCCGCCAUCUCGAGAUGGACUACCCCUUCCCAGUCGUCUCCAAAGAGCAGAACGGUGUGGCCGUCAUGGACGGUUCCGACGAGGGUGUGUACGCCUGGGUCACGACCAACUACCUGCUGGGCAAGAUCGGCGGGCCGGAUAAGAGCCCGACCGCUGCCGUCUUCGAUCUUGGCGGCGGUUCCACUCAGAUUGUCUUCGAGCCUACCUUCAAGGGCGCGCCAGAGGGUGGCAUGCCUGAGAAGCUUGCCGAGGGUGACCACAAGUACAAGCUUGACUUUGGCGGCCAAAAGUUUGAGCUGUACCAGCACUCUCACCUCGGCUACGGCCUCAUGUCAGCCCGCGGUGCCGUCCACAAGCAGCUCGUCUCUGAGGUUGCGGCCAAGGAGAAGAACAACGGCGAUGCUUGGAUGGGCAAGCCCAUCGUCCACCCUUGCAUCGCUCCGGGCAUGACUGCUGAGACCAAGGUCGAGAUGGCCGACAAGACGACCAAGACGUUCAACUUCACCGGUCCAUCCCAGGCAGCGCCCGCUCAGUGCCGCAACCUGGCCGAGAAGAUCCUUGCCAAGGACGCCGACUGCAAGCUGGCGCCGUGCUCCUUCAAUGGCGUGCACCAGCCUUCCCUGGCCAAGACUUUUGCCAAGGAAGACGUCUAUAUCUUCUCCUACUUUUAUGACCGCACCAAGCCCCUGGGUAUGCCCGACUCGUUCACGAUCCGCGAGAUGCACGACCUUGCACAGACGGUCUGCAUGGGCAAGGACGGCUGGGACGUCUUCAGCACCAUUCCCGAAGCCAUGGAGGAGCUCAACGACCGCCCCGAGCAUUGCUUGGACCUGAACUUCAUGUUGGCAUUGCUUCACACCGGAUACGAGAUGCCUAUCGACCGAGAGGUCAAGAUUGCCAAGAAGAUCAAGGGCAACGAGCUGGGCUGGUGCCUGGGUGCCAGUCUGCCUCUUCUUUCUCCCGGCUCUGGCUGGAAGUGCAAGAUCCAGCAGGUCUCUUAGAGGGAGCUCCGUGCGCGGGAAGCUAAGCUCAAGAGCGAGAGCCUUGAUUAACUCGGUCCCGUAGGCGGGCUGAACGACGACUACGUUGAGAGAAAUGUAUAAAAACAACAUCAGCAUUACGGUUUGGUUCACGGCGGUUGGCAACAAAGUCAGGAUGACUGCAUGGAUGGCAGUACAAGGGCCACAAUGGUCCACCAAAGUGUUUGACAAGGGCGCAUGGUUAUACAGCUAGACUAAUACACCGGCGAAAUGCCUACAGCGGCGCCGUCACCAUUUCAAGCACCUCCUCUAUGACCUCUUCUGGGCCAAUGCCUUCGAGCAGGGACUGCACGGCCUCCAGUUUACUGCCCCACUGCAUGCUCCUUUCUUUUGCCGGCGACGUGAUGCGGAU